UCAUUGUCAUUUGUGUUGUGGAUUGUGAACGGUUUACAACCAACAGUGUUAGUGUCAAUAAUAAUGAACAAAAUGGGUUUUUUAAAUAAGGUGGCUCUUGUGACCGGUGGCAGCUCAGGAAUAGGCGCAGCAGUUGCCGCUAGGCUGACUGCAGAGGGCGCUAACGUCGCUAUCGUUGGAAGAAACUCAGCCAAACUGGCCGCAGUAGCCCAGAAAUGCGAGCAACUCCACGCCAAACCACUAGUCCUAAUCGGAGACGUCACUAAGGAAGACAACGUCCAAAAUAUUGUAAACGAAACUAUAAUCAGAUUUGGAAAAUUAGAUGUGCUAAUCAAUAACGCCGGAGUAGGCGCCAACGUUGGAAGUAUACUCGCCAAAAAUGCUUUAGAAGAGUACGACAGAGUCUUAGCUACCAACCUAAGAGCCAUUGUCAAUAUUACCAACCUAGCCGCGCCACAUCUAAUCCAAUCGAAGGGUAACAUCAUCAACAUUUCCAGUGUAUCCGGUCUUCGCCCGUAUGUGACAACAGGAUUCGCGUACAACGCAUCCAAAGCUGCUUUAGACCAUUUCACGAAGACUAUAGCUGGAGAACUUGCAGCUAAAGGAGUGAGAGUGAACGGUGUAAACCCAGGGCCAGUCAAUACCGAUAUUAUGAAGAAUAUGGGAGCAAAUGCAGCUGAGGAAGAAAAACUAUGGCAUAUCAUGAAAAAGGGAACUGCCUUAGGAAGAAUAUCAGACCCUGAGGAAGUAGCAGAUUUGGUACUUUUCCUGGCGAGUGACAAAGCUAAAGGUAUCACAGGUGGAUCAUAUACUAUUGACAACGGGACCUCGAUAAGAUCCUAAGUAAUAAAAUGUAUUUAAUUUAGAAUGGUAUUUUUAUUUAUCUUUAUGAGCUCUCGCUAAGACGUCAUAAGGAUAAAAAAACUUGUGAUCAAACUUGAGAAUGUUGUAUUUUUGGAAAUGCACAG